CUUCUACAAAAAAUUUCUUGGACGUUGCUCAUAAAAAAAUGUAAUUAUUUUACAUUUACAUAUAAAUUUAACAUAUUAAAUAACAAAUAAAUAGUUUAGAUAUUACUGCGACUAAUAAUUAGGCUAUACAUUAAUAACUUUUGGAUAAAAUCUCUAAAACUAUUUAAUAUUAAAGAAAUUUGUUAUCACAACAACAACUUACCAGGUAAGAAGAUUCUGAACAACCAAGAAAAUUUGUUGAACUAUAGCAAAAAUAAUUAAGUAAAUCGCUAUAAAUUACUACAAAACAAAUGGGGUUUUUGCAACAAAUACUAUGGACACAGAACCAAAGAAAAUCGACGGCUUUAUUGCAAACUGUAACGGUCAUAAUAACAAGGAGCAUUAAAAAACAUUCACAGCAAGCUAGAUUGGCAGAGGUAGGACGUUUAGAGCCGGCAAAAUCCGAUGGUAAAUAUGAAACUGGACAACUAUUUCUGCAUCGCAUCUUCGGUUAUAGAGGAGUAGUUUUGUUUCCUUGGACGGCAAGAGUAUACGAUCGUGAUCUGCAUAAUCCUAAUAAACAGAAGCCUGCUACAGCUUCCACUAAUAGUUCUGGCAAUAAUACUUCAGCGAAAAAUGCGAUUAAAGGAAAAUCGACUGAAACGUCUACAAAAACUAGCGAUAAAACCAUCAAUAAGCCAAAUGGUGUAGCGGCCUCUUUAAAGUCUCAUUUAAACGAUGUAGUUAAUACACUUAACGGCGCUGCUGGCUCUCCGGACACUGCUGCUACUACAAGUGACACCUCCAAAAGCAGUGAAAAUACUAGCAAACCAAAUUCGGCUGAUAGUACAAACGAUAAAAGCUCAAAUACGGCGACUCAAGCUAGUUCAACGGCAGCCCAGGAGUCAAAUAAUAAGGAAGUUAAAGGCAAAGUUCACACUUUCUAUCAGGUCUUAAUAGAUUCACGCGAUUGUCCUUAUAUUCGUGCCCAAACUGAGGCUGUUACAUUUUUGGGCAAUCAAGACUCAAAUCGUAGUUUGUAUGCCAUACCCGGCUUGGAUUAUGUUUCUCAUGAUGAUAUUAUGCCCUAUUCGUCUGCGGAUAAGAAUCCUUUGCAUCAUGAACUAUUUGACAAAUUCUUAACGCAUGUACCCGACAAGCAGCCUUCAUUUGAGGCCAAAGAUACUUUGAAAACAUGGCAGGAAAAGAAUCAUCCUUGGCUGGAAUUGAGUGAUGUGCAUAAAGAGACAACGGAAAAUAUACGUGUAACUGUGAUACCAUUCUAUAUGGGUUGCCGUGAGACACCAGCCUCUUCGGUGUAUUGGUGGCGUUAUUCUAUACGUUUGGAAAAUCUUGGCAUGACAAGUGUCCAAUUGCGUGAGAGACAUUGGCGUAUAUUUUCCCUGUCAGGUACUUUGGAGACUGUAAGGGGACGUGGUGUCGUAGGUCAAGAGCCUAUUUUGAGUCCACGAUUGCCCGCUUUUCAAUACAGCAGUCAUGUGAGUCUUCAGGCACCCAGUGGCCAUAUGUGGGGUACUUUUCGCUUAGAACGAGAGGAUGGACAUAUGUUUGAUUGUAAAAUUCCGCCUUUUUCAUUGGAAAGUAAACCUGAAGAACCGCCUGCCGGCCAAACGAAAAAGACGGAUUAAGUAACCAAACGUUACUGUUUGAUAUUUUGUCCAAAAAAAAUAGUAGUGGAUAAUGCAAACUACAAAUAGAAAUUUAUUGCUUUAGUUAGUUAUGAUUUUUUUGCUGAAUAAUAAGUCUAUGUAUGUGUGUUUUACGAAGCAAAAAAACCCCCAUCUCUACAAAUAUUUAAGUAGACAAUUUAAAUUGUAUAAAUUUAAUAAUAAAUGAAAAUGAAAUUUUGAAAAUUUCAAGUGUUACCUAAAAAAUUAACUAAAAUUAAA